CUUUAUUUGAGUGACGGCAAAAACAACAUCAAAUCAAGAAGAGCGAAGUGCAGACGUGGGGUGGAAUAAUUUACACAUGGUAUUGUUUACUUGAGUAAACGUGUCAGACUACAAUGUGCCAUUACUUCACGAAUUAGAUUUAGGUCAAUGUAGAUUCAUAUUGUCAUCAAAACUAUCCAUAAAGUAUCAACUAUAUAACUCUUAAUUAGAGCGUUACAUUGUCAUAGCCCUAACGUUAUACGAUAUGCUAUUACUGAAUUAUCAACGUGUAAGCAGCGUUUAAAUGCUGUUUCUGGUUAAGAGGGAGCAUCUUUUAUUUUAAAAAAAUGUUUUUUUAUGGAUUUAGACAGGUUAGAAUCAGAUUUAUAGAUUAAGAUUAUUUGAUAACCGUAGGUUGAGUAGGAUUGAGUCUGGAGUACAUUUUGAAAAUAUCACAAGGAAUCCUCUGGAGGACUUCCUUCUUUGAAUUUAUUGUGAGCUAUCUGUAUCAUAAAUUGCAAAUAUAAUAUACGUUUAUUUGUUGCCUACAAAUCAUCCCAUAAAAUAAUUAUGUUUUGUAGGCCUAUAUAAAAUGUUUAUCAGCUGAGUAACCAGUAAUUAUGGCUGUCAUGUACAAUACAUGACCAGUAUUUAUAUUAGAAAUGUCAUCGUUGGAGAUUAUAGCAUUGAAUACAAUUACUUUGCUAACUAUAGCUAUUUCCCACCACUGUCAGUAACAGACAUAAAUAAAGCAUGUCAACAGUCAAUGUUGCAUUUUUUAUGCAACAUCUCCCCAGCUGAGCAGCUCACUGUGGCCUUUCAGAUGUUGUAUAGGUCUCCAUAACCACAGCAACGAGAAACACUCUUCUGGGAUCAGCUCUGCCUCUGCUUCGAUAAAAACAAUACCUAAAUGCCAAACUUUCUAAUUGUUUUACACAGAAUACUGAAAACAACCAUCGAACAAGAUUCCAAAACAGUGAUCACCAAUGGCAACCAAAGAGAGCAAACAGUGGUGGGAUCCAUAUGAAACAUCUAAUAGAAGACAGUUUGUCCACUGGCCAAAGUCAGCUGCAGAGAUUCUGGUGUGCCCAACGUCAACUUCAUUUAUAGACUCCUCUUCACAGUCUGGACCUAUUGGUUCAACACUGUACAACAAGGAAUUUUGCUGGAAGUCACCCUGUAAACCUCAAUGCAUUUGCACAGGAACAGCCUCGGGGCAGAGGAGAAACAACCCACAUCCCAGUCAGUCCUUCAUGAAGGGGAGGCUGCCUAGAGAUGCCGCACGGAGCUCUGAGUACGUCGGCUCCCCGUGGAAAUGUCCCCCAUCUGAGGGGGAGAUGCGUAAGGCCCUGACAGCACAGUACAGCUCCAUCUACAGAUGUGACUACAUGAGUAUGCCUCAAGGACAUGAUCAUCAUAUUAUUAAUGGAGAAGGAAGACCUGCACCUCGGCAUAGCAAGUCUGAAAUUAUACUUUCUACUGAUACAGAGAUGAGGGACAAUUAUCGCCAGCCAAAGCAAAAGCUUGAACUGCUGGGUAACUCCUCGCACGACAGGUGCACACAUCCUAAAGUGACUUGUCGUGGUAUAGUUCCAACUGUUGUGCAGAGACACACUCAGCAGAAAACAUCCUAUUUGACAAACUACGACCGGUUUUGUGGAAAGAGACUCACCAAUGUCACAAAUAUGAUCAAGUCUCUGCUGCCCCAGGAGCUGCAGCAGUUACACACAACUUCACCCGAGGAGGAAAAGGAGGCUGUAAAAACAGUCAUGAGUAUAAAUGCUCACCCAAACAGGGAGAAAGUGAAUAAACUCCCGCCAGUUGUGCUUGAUUCCUGCUCACCGAAGUGGAUAUCAAGUUGGCCAGGACCCCUCUAAAUCUUACUGCUUAUGGUAGUUUGUUUAUCCCUCUUUGUAUUUUGUGUUUUUAUGUCAUUUCGUUUCAUGCUAGUGGUAAAACUGUAAUAAACUAGAAUGGUGCAUUCAGCAGAGUGCAGAUUUUGCCAGGUGUGUCCACAACCUUUGCUGAUUGAAGGAAACUGGUAAACCCCCUCGUCUGAACACCAGUUAUGCACCAGCGUAAUGAUCACUCACUCACUCAGACACACACAUGCACACAACUGACCCACUGGCGGAGAUAAUAAUAACAAUAUAACAUAACGUAAUAUAUCGUAAUUAAA